CUUACAGGGAUUUCUGAAGAUAAAUCUGUGAAGCCUCAAAAGAUUUACAGAUUCCUCUUAUUGCAGAGGGCCUGUGAGUUUGUAACACCUACCUGUAGCUGAGGCAGAAAUUGAAGGCCAGGCAGAGCCAGCGCUUGUCCUGAGUGCUGAUUUCCACACACAAGGUGCACGCUAGCUGACGCAGGAGUUGCCAGCUGCAGAAACUGCCUCCUGGUUGUGUGAAAUUCCCAAGUCCUGUGUGCCCUGUCUUUCUGCUGGGUUCACCAGAUGUGCAGCUGCUCAGCUGCCAUUCCACAGGAGCAAUGAGCUUGGUGCCAUCUGUAUGGACCCCAAGAAACAGUUUUUGCUCAUCAGAGACACAAUUUUAGCCAAAACUUUCACAGAGAAGCCAAAUGAUCAAUUUACACUUGACUGGAAAGGGAGUAACCUUUGAGACUAGCAGUCAGAAGGAGCUUUGCAGUGAAAGCAGAUUGCGGUUCUCAAGUAGCAAAAUGUUUGGUUGGUGUAAUUAUUGUAGAAGCAUACAGGAAUAGUGAUUGUAUAGAAAGUGGAGGAACUUGAGUCGAGUGUUCCAUGCAAUCAGCUGGGUGUGCCUAGCAGGUGCAAGAUGACUUACACCUACCUCUUGAUGCUUUACCGGCUGUGACAGAGGCCCUUGACUCCAAGACACAAAGGGAAGAUUUGCACGAAGAGAGCAGACCUUUCCAUUACUGUGAAAACAAAACCAUGGACCUGUCAGACAGUGACCGUCCUGUCAGCUUUAGCUCCACUUCCUCCUCUGCCUCUUCCAGGGACAGUCACUGCUCCUUUGGAAGCAGAACCACCUUGGUUUCCAACAGCCACUUGGGCUUGUUCAACCAGGAUAAAGAAACAGGUGCCAUCAAGCUCGAGCUGGUCCCAGCUAGACGAUUUUCCAGCAACAAGCCACACAAAACCUCUCUUGUGGAGCCAGAGGAUCCUGAGGAGAGCCUUGAAAAAAGGCUAAGCAUGCCAAGGAAGGCAGAAUCAAAAGGAGCAAGCAAGAACUGCGCAACGUCCCUGGUUACAGAGCCCACCAGUCCCAAGCUCCUCUAUGUAGACAGAGUUGUCGAAGAGAUUCUGGAGACAGAGAGGAUGUAUGUGCAGGAUCUGAAAAGCAUUGUGAAGGAUUACCUCGACUGUAUCACUGACCAGACCAAGCUCGCCCUGGGGACAGAAGAGCGAUCAGCCCUGUUUGGAAACAUACGGGAUAUCUACAAUUUCAACAGUGAACUGCUGCAAGAUCUGGAAAACUGUGAAAAUGAUCCUGUGGCUAUAGCAGACUGUUUUGUUUCCAAGAGUGAAGAUUUCCACAUAUACACACAGUACUGCACCAACUACCCAAGGUCGGUGGCUGUGUUGACAGAAUGCAUGAGGAACAAGGCACUGGGCAAGUUCUUCAGAGAGCGGCAAGAGGUGCUGCAGCAUUCUCUGCCCCUGGGCUCCUACCUCUUGAAACCUGUCCAACGCAUCCUCAAGUACCACUUGCUCCUGCAUGAAAUAGAAAACCACCUUGACAAGGACACUGAGGGCUAUGACGUUGUGCUGGAUGCCAUAGACACAAUGCAGAGAGUGGCGUGGCACAUAAAUGACAUGAAGAGGAAACAUGAACAUGCCAUCAGGCUCCAAGAGAUACAGAGUUUGCUCACUAACUGGAAAGGGCCAGACCUCACGAGUUACGGGGAGCUGGUGUUAGAGGGAACAUUCCGCAUUCAGCGAGCCAAAAAUGAGCGCACGUUGUUCCUCUUUGACAAGCUGCUGCUGAUUACAAAAAAGAGAGACGAAACGUUUGUGUACAAAGCUCACAUACUGUGUGGGAAUCUGAUGCUUGUUGAAGUAAUACCAAAGGAACCACUUAGCUUUAGCAUCUUCCACUACAAAAAUCCCAAGAUGCAGCACACUGUGCAGGCAAAAUCACAGCAAGAAAAACGCAUCUGGAUUCUUCAUUUGAAGAGGUUAAUUCUAGAAAAUCAUCCUGCUAAAAUUCCUGCCAAGGCCAAGCAGGCAAUUCUAGAAAUGGAUGCCAUACAUCACCCAGGCUUCCACUAUAGCCCUGAGGGAGAAACGAAAUCGUCGUACCAGCCUAAAGAAGGCACUACUCCUCACAGAGUGAGAAGGAAAUCAGAACCCUCAUCUAGAGUCCAUAAAGUUUUGAAGUCAAGUGACUUAAGCCCAGAUAUGCAGAAGCGGAUCAGUAUCGAAGGAGCCCUGUUAUCUCAAGCCACCAAACUCGGAUCAAAGGAAGCUUUGCUGAAUUCUAGGAGAAGAGCUCCACUGGAGCCCAGUGGGUUGGAAAGCCAGUUUCAAGAGUCCAUCGACCCAGCCUACAGUGGUGAUCAGGAUGAAACUCUUCGGACUUCUGCUACAGAACAGAUUGAUGCUGAUGAUGAGGCAGAGUCUGAACAGGGAGUGCAGCAAAACUCACUGCAGAAAUCAAAAGGGGGAAGAAAAAGACUUAAUAGUCAAGCUGCUGAGAAUGUUGAAAAACGGAGAAGUGUUAAUCUCACCAAGUGUGAUGCACAGAGCUCCAAGGACCCUUCAGAUGAAGAGUCAACCCAGCUGAGUACCAAUCUUCCAUUCUCCUGCACAGCUAGACAGCCACCGUUGCUGAGACAAUUCAGCACACCCCAGAGCAACUCGCUGAUCAUGAAUCUCCUGGGGAGGAGUACCUCUGUCAGAAACAUCUGGACUGACCAUCAGAUUAGGCAAGCACUUUUUCCCAGCCGGCACGCGCCUCACGAGAAUGAAGACGACGAAGAUGAUUACCAGAUGUUUGUACCAUCAGGUUCUACACCCAACACUAGUUCAGCUGUGGGUGGAGAAAGGAGGGGUUCUUCUGGGCGUCCGUGCAGCUGGCACUUGGGAGUAAUGCACCAGGACGAGAUUUCCAGCCCCACUCAUCACAGAAUUGUUAGGCGGGCCAGCAGUGCUGGUGAGAGUAACACCUGUCCAGCCAGCACAAGGCGCAAAACAGGGGAGCACAGGCUCCGAAGGGACGCCAAGAGAGCAGAGGUCAGUGACAUGAAUACGUACCCCGAGUCUUCAGAAGAGCUAACCAUUGAUGAUAUUGAACAUGUUUAUGAUAAUAUAAGCUAUGAAGACUUAAAGCUGAUGGGUCUGGCAAAAAGCGAGGAGACAGACCGUGGUCCCCAAAGAUCUGCUAGAGAUUCCCUCUAUGAGGCUGAAAACAAAAGCAGCUUAGAUUCAUCCUCACAAAAGAGGACAGCAAAUCAAAACAGGGCCUCCAUCUGUGCUAGCAGGGAAGAGAUACUACUCAGCAGAGAAGCACCUACUUCGAGUUUGGAUGAGCUCAGAAUCAUUGAAGAUAGUAUCUAUGACACCAUAGUGCUUCCAGAAAUGCCAUUAUUGAAUUUUAAGUGUGAUUCCUUAAAAUGCUCUAAAAGGAGAAGUUUUCUGGGCCUAGAAAAGAACUUUGCAUGCUGUGAUAAUCUACAACAGUUUGUUUCUGAAGAGAGUCUCCAAUUCAGUGAAGAUGAAAGUCCUUACCAUCGUGUUCCCACUGGCAAUGACAAUUUGAGCCUAGUAGAUAGCUCCUCCAACUCAGAUUCACUGUCCCAUAAGUCUGCAGCAGAUAAACUCUCAGAGGAAGUUGAUGAGAUAUGGAAUGACUUGGAGAACUACAUCAAGAAGAAUGAGGAAAAGACAAGAGACCGUCUCCUUGCAGCCUUUCCUGUUUGUAAAGAUGAUAUGCAGGAUAGGCUGCAUGCUGGUAGUACACCUGAACUGAGUAAAGAUGUAGAGUACUCACUGUCUACUCUCUCUCUGCCAGAAACUCCUGUAUUCCUGAAUACUCUGAAGCCCAGGGCUGCCACCAUAAGUGAGGCUAAUCCCAGGCUUGAAGACAAUACACCAUGCAAGGAGAACUCUUUUAUGGGUCUAAACAGAUCUUCCUUCUCUUGCGAGAUGCCUUUUGUAGAUAGCCCAUACGAACCUGCCAAUAGUGUUCUGUCCAAUGCACAUGCAGAGGGCAUAGAAAAUGACUUGGCUGUUGUGGAUAAAACAAAGAACAGAGUUUUUAUGAUGGCAAGGCAAUACAGUCAGAAAAUUAAGAAGGCUAAUCAGCUUUUGAAAGUGAAAAGUCCAGAGCAGGAACAGCCAGCUAACAGACAACAGAAACUGAAACACAAAGAUCUUGCUGCUAUUCUAGAGGAGAAGAAACAAGGGGGUCCUGCUAUUGGUGCCAGAAUAGCUGAAUAUUCUCAGCUUUAUGACCAAAUUGUCUUCAGAGAAAGUACACCUAAGGUACAAAAAGAAGCCUGGGCCACUCCUCAGGAGCCAUCAGCUGGAAGGUUUUCCACACCUGUGGCUGCAUCUCCUCACUUUUCCAAAUCAGCCAGUGAAUGCUCAAGAGCAGAGGAUUGGCUUAUGAAUUCUACGUACAGUAAUGGUGAACUGGCGGACUUCUCUCUGUGGUCUGAAUCCCAAGACCCAAAGUCCAAGAGCUCCUGUACAGAAGGUGGUAUAAGAAGCAAUUCAAGACAGUUGCCAUCAGCUGGCUCAGUGCCUUCCCUUCAGAUUUCCAACCGUUUGCACGUCCCAGCGCAGAGGUGGAGUGCCAUUAUAAGCCAGCCGAACAAAGAAAAUUUACAUCAAGACCACAUCUAUAACUCCCUUGGGAGAAGAGUAAGCAAUGCAAAACCACAGGCAUACAGCAGGUCACAGUCGUCUUCCUCAAUUGUGGUCAACAGGUCUGGAGAAUCGAUUGUAUAUCCUAAUGAAACGGACAAGAGAAAGCUCCAUUCAAAUAGGAACUUCCAAUUCAGCACGCUUCAAAAGCCAGGUAUUGCUCCAGGAUGUACAGAGCCUGAUAUGAGAAUGCAGAUCCCUGAAAACUGUUCAGAUGUCACUCUGCAGGAUUCUCAAAAGGUCCUGAAAGUAAGCAGGGCCUCUGCUCUGAAAGCACAGAUGGCCACGCAGAACUAUUUUUCGAAUUUCAAAGAUACUGAAGAUGGAGAAGGGGAUGAUGAUGACUAUGUUGAAAUUAAGUCUGAAGAUGAGGGGUCUGACUUGGAGACUUCUCAAAACCAAACAAGGAAGCCAGAUCCUAAACCGUGUAAUGCAGACCCUGCUCCUUCUGGAAUGCUCUGCAGCAAAACUGUCUCUUGUACUCCUGUAAAGUCCACCAGCAGCAAACAGGCUCUUACCCCAUAUCUGACUGCAUACAGUGAUUCGGAUAAACUGAAUGACUACCUGUGGAGAGUACCAUCUCCUAAUCAACAGAAUAUUGUGCAGUCUCUAAGGGAAAAGUUUCAGUGUCUCAGUUCAAGCAGCUUUGCUUGAUGCUUCCAGUAAUUUCUAGCUGUACUGCCCUCUUGGGCCAGUAUAUGCUAGGACAAUCACUACUGGCACCGUGUAUUCCAUGUUAUUACACAGUUGGGCAUUGUGUUACAGUAACAUUGUAAAUAGCUGUGAAAUCUUCUUUCAAAUGGUUUGGAAUGCUGGAAGUGGAAAAGGCCAUGUGCACACUGUCUGAGAUCUUGCUCCUUAAUGCAGGUUGACUUUGCAUCUUCUGUCUAACCUUUGCAUCUCUUCACUUAUUAGGUGUGACAUCCUUUGUUUUGUACCAUCGAUCCAAUUGUGGUGCCAUUUGAUUCUUAAACCAUUUUACCAUGUGGAAACCUUAGUAUUUGGACUUCCAAGUUGGUGACCAGUGUUCUGCAUCCAAAAUACUCAUGUGAUUACUCUGGUUACAUAUGGGGGCGUUUAGCUAAACAGCUGCUCCUGUGAUGGUGCAGAUCUAUGGGCAGGGUUCUGGUCAUUACACCAACAUGCUACGUGUACCACUGCACACACUUUUUGCAUGUUACUUUUCAUCAAACAGAUUCCAAACGUGGGGCCAGUGUGUAUGCCACAUUACUUUAGGACAGGUUCCUUACAUUUUAAACAAAAUCUAGCCCUACUGCUUGUGAGGGAUGUCAGACUGAGAGAUCCAUGUCUGAGGCCUCUUCUACUUUCUGUCACUGCAUAGGAGGUAGAGUAGGGGCAGCACUGGCUUUCUGUGUGAACCUGUGGAUGUUAUGCAGUCCAUACCUGGGGAGUAUUUUGGGCAGUAGGAGGGGAGAUCCACCACUUCUGAAGACAGCUAGACUGGGUUUGGUACCUCUGGUGAUGGUUGUGUUGGUGCAAAAUUUGAGUAUCUUAUCACUCAGAGUCCAGCAGUUGGAAGCAUCUGUGUUGGAGUCUGCAAAGUAACUGUAUUUUAUACUUAAUGGCCUGCAGGACAUUUGUUUAAGUCCCAAAGUCAGCUAUUCCCAGGAAAGAAUAAGGCUUGGUCAGAUGUUUGGGUGAGAUAUUAAUGUUGGGGCAUAUUUGACCCAUAGUGUGGCUCAGCAUUACUGCCUGCUGAGUGACAUGCUGCCUUUCCCAGGAAAUGUAUGAAUCUCCCACAGCAGCAAAUGACCAUUCCUGGCAGAGAGAGAUGAACUAUGUAUUUUCUAAACUGGCCAGGGCUGGCUCUAAUCCAAUUUAUGCACAAUAAAAGUAGCUUAAAAAGUAAGAGUACAUUCCAUUCUUUUGCAGGUAUUGUAUAGAGCAAAUGCUUCCAUUUAGGAUAAGAAUAGGCUUUCCAAUACAAUGCAUAUGUACACCCCUUCAUCAUCUUCAUUGCACAGCUUUGGAUUCUGUUACUUGAAAACGUUGUACCUGAGGGGAAAAGCUAAACACAUCUACACUAAUCAUCAUGUGCUUUUUUGGUGCUUUUUUUUUUCAGAUUACCUGGAUAAAGCCAGUAUCAAACUAAACAUACCAAUGAAUGGGAUUUUCAUUGAAACACUGUUUUUACUAACUAUGCAUCACUCCCCUCAGCUACAGAAUGUUGUACUUCCAGAACGGCCAACUGUUCUACUACAUUGGUUAUCAUGAGGAAAACCUGAAGCUGUCAGUGGACAGCUAGAUACUUGUAGACUAAGACAUAAGAACUUGAAUUUGUUAGAAUGGAUAAGAUUAUUUACCACCUGUAUCUUGCAGAGGCUGGGAAUUGUUUAGGGGGCUGGUUGGUUAUGGUACUUACUGGCUUGUACCACAGGGAUAUUUGUUACAUCCACUGUGAUGAGACCCAUGUUUGGUAAAAUUUGAGUGAGAAAUACUGUUGUACAUAUAUAAGACCCUCUUGUGUAGCAGAGCCCGUAUUUAUUUAAUAUAGCUUGUAAAGUAUUGUAAAUAUGGAUAGACGUUAAACCUGUGCUUCCCCGGCGCGCCUAGAGCUAAGCGGCUAGGAGGAUGCUGUGUCACUCGCAUCUCACGCAGCCAGUGGAGUUGGGAGGGAGGGGGGCAAACAAAGCCAACCAGAGAAAAGGGACUUGUAUUAGUGUGUGACUUCUCCAGAGCCCAUUUCAUACUAUUUUUAAUAAACGUUGCGUAUCCAAAA